AAAAGUAGACCCGAAGAAUUUAGUUUUUUCAGUUUCCAUUUCCGAGCCCAUGCCCAAUAAGCCCAAAUACUCCUGAGCCCAUUUCAAAUUCCCUUUCUCAAUUCUUCUUCCAGAACAACACCACCACCACAAAGCUAAGCACCUAACGAAUCUGCAUCCAACUUCAUUGCUAUAAGAGAAAAGAAGAAGAAGAAGAUGAAAUGGGAGGAACCAAAGUGCAAAGACUUUCUGGAAUGCAAAAACAAGUACUUAGUUUAUACAGAGGAUUUCUACGUGUAGCACGUUCCAAAUCUGAGGAAGAACGCCGCAACAUUGAAUCGGUAGUGAAUCAAGAGUUUCGGCGAAAUUCGAAGGAAGUGGAUCGGAAGAAUUUUCAAUAUAUUGAAUAUUUACUUCGCCGUGGUAAUAAACAGCUUGAUCAGCUUCGGAAACCUGGUACAAUUGGGUUAUCUUCCUUGCAAAUUGAUUUCUCAAAGAUUAGCUAAUUAAAUAUAGCUCUUCAAAUAAAUAAGAUAAACAUACUUUGUUGUUAGCUAUUAUUAUUAUACUUUUCAUUGACAUGUUGUUCUCAAUUUUUUAUUAUUAUUAUUAUUAUUAUUAUUAAUAUUGUU